AUGGUUCCAGAAGGUGCUUGCUCUGCCAAGGAGCUCACUGAAAACGACCAACUCCGCCAAAUAUAUGCAAUUUACUAUGGCAACCGCAAAGCAGCAGUCCUUGCCGUUGCCCAGCGUUACCGAGUUUUUGACUUUUUAGAAGCCCGCGAACCGGCCGGAGCAACCCUCGAUGAUAUCGUGCAAGCAUACGGCUUUUCAGUUCGCGGAACGAAGGCGCUACUGCUUGCACUCGAGUACCUGAAUCUGGUAAAGAUUGCAAAUGAUCGCUACUUCCUAGCACCGUCCAGUCGACAGUUCUUGGUUUCCACUGCACCAGAGUCUGUCGCUGGCUUGAUCGACCUGGAGUUCUCGGAGUUUAUCACACCGAGCGCCCUUGACCAAGCUUUACGUUCCGGACGACCACAAGUCUACGACGCUGUACCAGACGUAUGGCAACAACACCAACAGGAUACAGAGCGCUGCGUCCGCUUCACAGCUGCGAUGCACGCUAUCAGCAGUGGACCCGCUCGUGCUAUGGUCCAGAGGCUCGCCCUCGAGCCGCACUGGGGCCUGCACGCGUCACUGGCAACGCGACCGCAUCGUCUGCUUGAUGUCGGUGGUGGCAGUGGCUGCUAUGCCAUCGAAUGGAUGCGGCAUGCACCUGUACCUAACAGCGAAGCCGACGUGCUCGAGACGCCAGCCUGCAGCCGCGUGACCCAGCACUACAUCGACGAGGCCGCUUCGAGCAUCCAACCGAAUCGUAUUCGCGUCCUGCCCGGUGAUAUGUUCACAGAAGAAGCGUACGGUGAUGCGAAUAGGUAUACGCACGUCCUGCUCUCGCAGAUCCUUCACGACUGGCCAGUGCGUAGCGAGGCGUCGUCCGCACCGCGGCGAGAUGGCGAACGCCUGGUAGAACUUGCGUGGCGGGCGCUAUCUCCUGGAGGUGUCCUUGUUGUUCACGAGAAACUCGUGCACGAUGAAGACUCCGCCAUGGUGACUAUAGAUAUGUUGCAUUGGACCCAGGGUCAACAGUACACAGAGGCGAUGAUGCGGGAGCUGUUACGCGAUGCGCAUUUUAUCGAGGUGCGCUUUCGGAAGACGCCUCACACCUACUGGUGGCUAGCCCUGGCGCAGCGACCAUUCACCCCGAGUACGUAG